UUUCGGCGGCGCACUCGACUCCACGGGCAGCGACACGGCGUACGCCGACGAGCACCCGCCGUCACCCCCUCCUCGCCCGUUUCCGCCUGAAUCCUCCGUCACUCUCAGCCUCCACGCACCCAUCUCCGCCUGGUGGAUAUCGCUCGUACCGUCUCGGGUUCCAACCCCAAGCCGAUCCGACGCCUGCUGCCUGUUCGACAGAAUGCCUGAGAGCGUGGUGCCCGGCGGGGAGGACCGCAUCGGCGCCCUCCCGGACGAUCUCCUCCGCCGCGUGCUGUCGUUCCUUACCUCGCGCGAGUCCGUCUGCACAUGCGUGCUCGCUCGCCGCUGGCGCCACCUCUGGAAGUCCGUGCCCGUGGUGCGCGUCAUGGCGCCGGUGCCCAUCGAUAGAGAAGGGGAGGAAGAGCUCUGGUUUGUUAAUUCGCUGCUUUUCCUCCGCGACCGGGCGCCGCUGCAUGAGGUCGAUAUCAGAACCUACCUCGACGACCCAUCCGCACCCCUCAACGUUGAGCUGUGGCUCCGAUAUGCGGCAUCCUGCCAUGUUCGGGUGCUUCGAGUUUGGGUGCUUCGAGUUUACAGUCGGCGUCUGCAGCUACCCAACGUGACUCUCAUCUGCCAGCACCUGACAGUAUUAGAUUUCGCUGGUAUGAAAUUUGAGGAACCCACUCUGAAUUUUUCAAGCUGCCCAAUGCUAGAGGUAUUAAAGAUGUAUGAUUGUAAAAUCAGCGCCGAGAAGAUCUUGUGCAAAUCGUUAAGGCAUCUAACUAUGGAGAUAUGCCGUUUUGACCUGUAUGGCCGCACUCGUAUCUCUUGCCCAAGUCUCACUGCCUUGAAACUAGUUGACAAUUUGGGUUGGACUCCUUCCCUUGAGAGCAUGCCGUUAUUGGUAACGGCACUUGUCAGGUUUGAUGAAGAAUGGUAUGAACGUCAAGCGUGUUAUGAUCAUUGUCUUAAUGGUGGUUACUAUGGGGACUGUGAUGAUGAGUUAUGUCCUUCUUGCCUCUGUCAUGGCGAUGACUGUGUGCUUCUAAAAGGUCUAUGUGACGCUACAAAUUUGAAGUUGACAAGUGCUCCUCAAGCGAUUAUUUGCACCAGGGAUUUUAAAUGGUGCCAUACAUUUAGCAAGUUAAAAACAUUGUUUCUCAAUGAGUGGUGUCUGGCUGCUGCCUUCGGUGGACUGGUUUACUUUCUUCAGCACUCACCAAUUCUAGAGAGGCUUACCCUUCAACUUAGAUUUGAUGAGCAACAAUCUAUGGAUGGAAAAGAUGAAAGCUACAAGCCAAGAGAACAAUUUUUGGUAUCGAAGAAUCUUAAAGUAGUCGAAAUCAAGUGUCGCAAGGAAGAUGAAAGGAUUCACCAAAUUGUAAAGAUCCUUGUUAGCCUUGGAGUACCUCCUGAUCUUAUUGACAACCAACAGAACAGUGUGCAGUCUGAUUGCUCCAGUUUCGAGCAGGAGUAGUUUCAGCUGGCAUACCGUUCUUGGUUUACAGACUUAUCCCACCAGGAUCGUGUGCUUGUCCCUACCCCGUUUGUAUGAAAAUCUGUAGAAUCUGUAUGCAGCUGGACUAGGUUUGAACGCCAUCCUAGUCUGGUGGCACCGCUGUUGAUUUCCUGAACUCAGUACAAGGCCAUGGCAUCUACUAUAUCACUAGAUGACUGGUGUUAUGUUUCCCAUGGAAGAAAGUAAAGCAGGUCAGGUCGGCAGCUAGCUUUCGAUCUUCACUUUAUGCAAGUGUGCUCUUGCUCUCUGGUGUCAAGCUCAACAAGGCAACACAUUAACUGAUACCUUUUUUCCAUGCCUGAGGAAGGAACUGUGGACUGUGGUAGGCCUAUGGGCGACCUUAACUGAACUUCUUCCGGGAACUUCCUAGUUACAUUAACCGCUGCCAUUGCUAGAGCCUCAUUUGCUUUGCACAUUCAGUUCUUGUUAGGCAACAUAAAUGUUACUCUCGUGAUGUUUUUUCUUUCGAAACGGACUCUCGUGAUGUUUACACUCCAUGUGUGAAGAAUGUAUUUUGCCAUCAUGCAUGCAUGCAUCGUUUUGGCU